GCUAAAUAUUUACUGAAUUGACAAUUCAUUUGAAAAACAAACAAAUUGAUCAACAUAAACUAACAAACCAUCGACAUAUUGACUUUCUUCUCGCAUACGGCUUCCAGCUGCAAUGGAUUCGAUAAAUUUAUCGGCGGAAAAACAUUGUCGAGCUUGUUUGCGGCAGCCUCAAAGUCAGAUGCAUUCGUUGUCUUCGAAAAGUGUUUCGAUCGAAGGUACAAAUCAGACACACAGAGAAAUAGUGAAUCUGGCUGAAUUGUACAAUGAAUGUACGCAGUUAGUCUAUGAAGAAAUGCAUCCCAAUUGGGAAUGGGUUUGUCCCGUUUGUUCUGGAAAACUAUUGGAAUUUUAUAAAUUUCGUCAAAUGUGCAUCGAAUCAUAUGGCAAACUCAAAGACAUCGAGUCACAAAUAUCCUCAAACACUGAAAUACAAAUAGUUAAAGUUGAAGUUGUAGAUGUUGCAAAUAUUUUGGAACCAACUGAUGAUACCAUUCCCGACAAUGACGAUGAUUUUGGUGACGAACAUUUUGACGAAGAGAGUUUCACAUCAUUCAGUUCCAAUGAUGAAAUGGAACUCGAUACAGAAAACAUACAAAAGGAAGAGGCAGAAAAUAUCCAAGAAGAAGUGAUGAAAACAAAUAGUAAAACAUUCGAAGAAGACGAAGUGCUUGAUGAUAGCAGUAGCGAUGACGACUUGCCACUGAGUGCAGUGGUAGAAGAGCUGCAUCUGCCAAAGAAGCCAAAUCCAAAAAGAAUCAGAAAAUCAUCAACGAAAACAUCAACUCCAGUUGAAAUAAUUUAUACAUGUGAUCUUUGUCCAUCGAAAUUCUUCAAGAAACAUCGAUACACUGCUCAUUUGCGAACGCAUCAAGGCCUAAAGCCCUGGAAAUGUGAUCACUGUGAAAGAGAUUUCCAAAAAUAUGCAAAUUUAAGUCGGCAUAUCGCAUCGAAGCAUGUCGAUUCAGAAGCGAAACCAAUAUUUGCUUGCGAUGUCGAAGGUUGCGACAAAUCGUAUACAUUAAAGCAAACACUGAAUGUGCACAUCAAAAAAGUUCAUUUGGGCAUGAAGCUGAAUUUAACCAGAAAGAUCUGCGAAAUCUGCGGAAAAUCCUUCUCAACUAUAUCCAGACUCCUCGAACAUUCGUACACACAUAGCAAAAUAUCUCCUCAUAAAUGUCAUAUUUGCGAUAAAAUGUUUUCAAAAAAGCUCCGGCUAAAGGAGCAUCUUAUGCGUCAUGAAGGAAUCAAGAACUUUGUAUGCACCGUUUGUGGUCAACGGCGGAUAACUAACAAAGAAUUGCAAAACCAUAUGAAACUUCACAAUCCAGACGUUCAAUAUCCAUGCGAGCUCUGUUCAUCGGUGUUUAAAUGUAAGCAGAAUUUGAAGCGGCACAUGAGAGUUGUUCAUUUAGGUAUUAAAGCAUAUCUGUGCACACAUUGCAAUCAAUCAUUUGGAAAGGCAGAAACUCUCAAACACCACAUCAUGACCCAUACUGGCGAAAAACCACACUGCUGUUCCAUUUGUGAUAAGAGAUUUAUUCAGGCCGUCGCACUGAACAAACACAUGCAAACACACAAUAAAAACAUCGACAUUUUUCUUUCAAGCAUACGGCUUUCAACCGCAAUGGAUUCGAUAAAUUUAUCGGCGGAAAAACAUUGUCGAGCUUGUUUGCGGCAGCCUCAAAGUCAGAUGCAUUCGCUGUCUUCAAAAAGUGUUUCGAUCGAAGGUACAAAUCAGACACAUAGAGAAAUAGUGAAUCUGGCUGAAUUGUACAAUGAAUGUACGCAGUUAGUGUAUGAAGAAAUGCAUCCCAAUUGGGAAUGGGUUUGUCACGUUUGUUCUGGAAAACUAUUGGAAUUUUAUAAAUUUCGUCAAAUGUGCAUCGAAUCAUAUGGCAAACUUAAAGACAUCGAGUCACAAAGGUCCUCAAGCACUGAAAUACAAAUAGUUAAAGUUGAAGUUGUGGAUGUUGCAAAUAUUUUGGAACCAACUGAUGAUACCAUUCCCGACAAUGACGAUGAUUUUGGUGACGAAGAGAGUUUCACAUCAUUCGGUUCCAAUAAUGAAAUGGAACUCGAUACAGAAAACAUACAAAAGGAAGAGGCAGAAAAUAUCCAAGAAGUGAUGAAAACAAAUAGUAAAUCAUUCGAAGAAGAUGAAGAGCUUGAUGAUACCAGUAGCGACGAUGACUUACCACUAAGUGCAGUGAAAGUAGAGAAUCUGCCAAUCGUGCCGAAGCCGAAUAAAAGUAAAAAGACCAAGAAAUCAGUUAAAGCUAAAAAAUCGGAUUCAAAUUCAAACGAACCAAUCUAUGUUUGUGGUGUUUGUUCCACGAAAUUCUUUAAAAAGCAUCGGUACGAUGCACAUAUGCGAAAGCAUCAAGGCCUGAAGCAAUGGAAAUGCGAUCAUUGUGAAAAAGAAUUCGAAAAAUACUCAUCGCUAAAGUCACAUAUUACAUCGAAGCAUGUAGAUUCAGAAGUGAAACCAACAUUUGUAUGUGAUUUUGAUGGCUGUGGAAAAUCAUACUCACUGAAGGAAUCGCUUCGUGUUCACAUCAAGCAAAUUCACAUGGGCCGAAAACCGAAUAUGACCGAAAAAAUCUGCGAAGUUUGCGGAAAAUCGUUCAAAAGUAAUGCAUCGCUCAUAAAACAUACGUACACCCACACCAAAGUGUCUCCGUAUAAAUGUGAUAGAUGUUCAAAAAUGUUCGCAACAAAGUACAAGCUAAAGGAGCAUGUCAUGCGACAUGAGGGUAUCAAAAAUUACAUUUGCACAAUUUGCGGCUUGCGUAAGACGACAGGUCAUGAAUUACGCGUCCAUAUGACUCAUCAUUCGAGCGAUAUGCAAUUCCCGUGCGGAAUAUGCUCUGUAGUAUUUACGAGAAUGGCGAAUAUGAAGCGGCACAUGCGAGUGGUUCAUUGUGGCAUCAAAGCAUACUCUUGUACGCAUUGUGACCAGUCAUUUGGAAAGGCAGAAACUCUUAAGCACCACAUCAUGACCCAUACUGGCGAAAAACCACACGCAUGUUCCAUUUGUGAUAAGAGAUUUAUUCAGCAAAUUGCACUUAAGACACACAUGAAAACACACAAUAAAAAUAAAUAAACGGGCCUUUGAAGGCAACAGUUAGGUGUAUA